AUGGCUUGUGAAAGAGGUAGCUUUGAUUGGCCUGAAGAAUUGACUGCAGACGGCUUCCAUGAAAUCCUUCUGCACAAGAAAGGAGCCAUGUGCGGCGAGCCAGACUUGCUAUUCCAAGUCUGCGAAAUCAUAUAUUGGAUGAUGCAAGUCAGGGACUCCCGUCUAGCCGAGAAGGAUGACAGAGCAAAUUUGAGAUCCUGGUGGAAAAAAGAUUUCCUCCCGAGGCAUGUCUCUUUACCAGCCGUCGCAAGAGCAUCGAUGGCGGCGAAGAAGCUCCGAAUUUGCCCAAAUCGGUUCUGGAAUCUAGCAUUGACUGCUGAACGUGCACAGGACGAUCUCCCUGCCCUCAUUGAGAUUGCAGAAAUGACAAAACAUCCAGAACAACUGGCACACGCGCAUCAUGACGAGUGUUCUGCCGAGUUCUGCCAAUUCACAGAUAGCAAUAGUACCCUCAAGGAACAAUUGCACAAAUGCGGAGAUAGAAGCUGUCAUCGUGUGGUUUUUCCUCUGAAAGAGUUGGACCGUGCAGUAAACGAAGACUUGCCAACUGCAUGGGCCAUAAAGAAAACGCAGCUAUACAGUGAUUGCAGACGCGGUGCCGUAAUUGCCACUGUAGGCAGUAUCACCAUCGUUAUGAUUCUUAUAACCAUGAUCGCCGACAGGCCUGAGCAAAGGGAAACAUACGAGACCACAACUUCCCUCUUGUAUCUAGUAAUGACGAUGCUGUAUCACUGGCACUAUGGUCUGGCCAUUGGUUUAGGUAUCUUCUUGGCCAUCAGAGUUAUGGAUUCAAUGCAACCCCGAAGAAGCAAAGUGGUUAUGGCCUCAUCUAUUCCAAGAAAUUACAUAGCCAUCUCCCACGUAUGGUCAGAUGGCACUGGUGUUGGAUUGAGGGUUUCAGGCGAAGUCAACUCUUGCCUGUUCUCAUAUUUCGCCAAAAUUGCACUCCAAUUACAAUGUAAUGGAUUUUGGUGGGAUACAGUGUGUAUUCCUACCGAACGAGAGACACGAAGAAUUGCCAUGAGUAACAUGCACAAGAACUACGAGAAGGCGAAGUAUACAGUCAUUCACGAUAGGUAUCUACUCGGGGUUGACUGGACAGAUGACGGUACCCCAGCUUUGGCUGUCGUUCUCUCUCCGUGGUUUACGCGCGGCUGGACAGCGUUGGAGUUAUCGAUGUCUAAAAGAGUGAAAGUCAUCUUCAGAGACCCAGAAGACCACAGCAAGCAAGUGCUUAAGGAUCUUCAAGAUGAUGUGUUCGCUGAACCGACACAUUAUUCUCGGCUUGGGCACUCUAUAGCAUCCGGACUGAUUCAGCGAGUCCAAGGCGAACAACCUAGCCUCUCCGAUUUGCUGACCGUACUCAGGACACGAACAACCUCUUGGCAACGAGACCGCAUGGCCAUUGCAGGGCUCCUCAGCCGCGUGGAGAAUUAUGAUUAUAGUGAUUCGCAAGCAGAAACGACCCGCAAGAUAAUUAAAAGCUUCGAAGAAGUCCCCAAGAAGUUUCUAGCACACGGUCAUAGCACCUUGUCUGACACAGGCGGUUUUUCCUGGUGUCCGUCAAGUUUAUUCCACAGCGAGGCCGCCAUGGCCGAACAGAGGAACCACAGCAACGUAGUACGUGUUGACAAGGACGGUGCCGCCUCAGCAUUAUGGCCAUACCGGCUACUCUCAGCCCAGGAUCCGAAGAGACUCCGACCCCACAGCUUUAACAUGGCCGUCGAGAUGCGCGUAAAGCAAGCCCUCCAAAACUGGGACCGUUGCAUCCUCCUACAUCAGGACGAGAGAAGCUUCGAACCAGGGAUUCUUGUCAUGCCGGUGGGGAUUGGCAUCCCCGGCAAGGAACACUUUGUCUCACCCUUUUGUUGGCAGGUUGUCGAGUGCGAGUAUAUAGGUUGUGUGUUUGACGAUCGGAUGUCUCGAGGCAAGUUCGGAAAAAUUCCUAUCAGACUAGGGGCAAAAGUUACGACGGGUCCAUCAUCAAUGACUACAGCGAAAGAUGUCAUCAUGGACUUCUACCGCAUGAUGAACUGGGAAUGGGAGGAUUGA